AUGGACAUUCAAGCAAGUUCCAAUUUUUCUUCAAUCUCUCCACCAGUGUUUAAUGGAGACAACUACCAAGUUUGGGCAGUUCAUAUGAUGGCAUAUAUGGAAGCUUUGGAUAUUUGGGAAGCUAUGGAAAAGGAUUAUGAAAUUCCUGACCUCCUAAACAAUCCUACCAUGGCACAGAUUAAAUUGCAGAAGGAGAAAAAGAUAAGGAAAUCCAAGGCAAAGGCUUGUUUGUUUGUUGCAGUCUCAUCUACUAUAUUCACUCGGAUUAUGACUCUAAAAUUAGCAUAUGGGAUAUGGAAUUAUCUCAAGUUAGAGUUUGAGGGAGAUGCAAGAACCAAAGGAAUGCAUGACUCAAGAAUUGUUGAAAAGAUUCUUGUAACAGUGCCUAAAAAAUUUGAGGCAUCUAUUUCAGCCUUGGAAAAUACCAAGGAUCUAACUCAAAUUACUCUUGCAGAAAUUCUCAAUGCUUUACAAGCACAGAAGCAAAGAAGAGCUAUGAAACUAGAAGGUGUUGUUGAAGGAGCCUUGCAAGCCAAACCUGAGAAUGCAAGGAACAAUAAGAAGAAUCAAAAUCUUAAUGGAAAAUCCUCAGCCAACAAUAAAAAAUGGGUCCUAUCCUCCAUGCCAACAUUGCAAUAG